AUGGAGCUUGAUACGGACGUGCCGCCGCCGCCGCCUCCACCACCACCCCCGGCGGAGACAGUCGUGGAGGAGGCGGAAGAGCCUCCGCCGGAGCCACAUUGGCGAGACAGGAACAUGGAGGCCUCCAAGCGCGCGGCUCCGGGCGACACGGCGCGUGAGCUGAGCGCGUUGCUGGCUGCGCUGGGCACGGAGUCCCCGCGCUCCAGUGGCGCGGCCAAGGAGAAGCAAGUGGAGGAAGAUCCGAAGACGCCGCUCGAAGAGCCCGUAGAAGAGGUCUCGCCUGGCCGUGAGGACAGAGCAGCAUUGGGCGAGAGGUCCAGCUGCGCCAGCCGGCGUGCGGCCCCAGGUGACACGCUCCGCGAGGAGCUUCGCGUCAUGCGCCUUGGCGCAGAAGCGGACGCUCCAGCGCUCGAGCGGCAUCACACUCAGCGCGGCCGCGGUCGCUGA